UCUAAUUGUACAAUAAUUUUUGUCGAUAUUCAAAGAUGAUUUAUAAUGUUCUCUCUCUCUCUCUUUCAAUCUCUCUCUUUGUAUGUUAUUUCUAGUGAGAUUUCUAAAGACGCUUACACAUAACAUAACUCAUUUAUUUGUGAGUGGAUUUCAAUAAACCUCUUAUCAUCAUAGAGAUAUUUUACGUCAGAAAAGCUUCAAUUACGUGACACAUUCCUAUUGUGUUGAAGCAAAUUUGGUGUACUCUUGUUUCUUUUCAUCAUUUUAAACAAGCCAGGGUUGUUAAACCAGCUGUAUUGUCAGCAAGCAAGGUCGUGCGCCUGGAGAGAAAUUUUUACCCAACCUUUGACUGAAUGUCACUUCCGAGGUUGGAUCCAGCUUUGGCUUACCCUGUUCCUUUGAGACCAAGUGUUUUUCAACACGCACGAUUCAUCGAUAAAAUGCAACCCAGUAUGACAAGAGUCAAGCAAGAAAAAUACGAGAUGGCGUACCCAGAGGAACCUUUAAGCGAAGUUGAUCCACGAAGAUGGAGUAGAGAAGAUGUAACGCGUUGGCUCCAAUGGACUUCUGAAAUGUUUCAUCUUGGAAGUAUCAAUCCUGAGCGAUUCCAAAUGAACGGUAAAGCUCUAUGUCUCAUGACAAUGGAUAUGUUUCUGUACAGAGUGCCCGAGGGAGGAAACGUCUUAUAUCAAGACUUCCAGAGGAGGCUACGAAACGCUGUUGCCUUACAGAACUAAGUGCGCACUACCUGUUACAUCUGUUACAAAAGUGAUUUAAGAUGGCUUUGGAUUGGAGUUUGAAACUGUAAUAAGCUGAGCAAAAUUUAGAGAAAGUGUUCGUGGGUUGUUUAAAGAAGACUGAGAUGAAAUGAAACCAGUGCACUACAAGAAAACGUAGUCAAGAGCGGCGUUAAAACUGUCGCGCGAAAAGAUUGCAGUAAUUUGUGUUUUUUAGCACAUCGACGGCUUUGGAACUUUCGUUGCGACUUAGAGAUUAGAUUGAGGACUUGUUUCGGAAUUGGUUGCUGUUGAAUCUUUUGGUUUCCUCGGGAAGCGGAAAGAACGAUAUAAAUGCGAUAGGAAAUGAUUAAUGAAAAAAAAGACUGGACCAAAUAAUACUUUACAAAUAGACUUGUUAGCAAAGUUAAUUAAGCUAGUGUUAAAUGUAGCAUAAGAAAGCUCAAAGCAAAUUAUUUGAAAUGAAUGAAAGUAUGAUUUGUUUCUUGUAAAUAGUUUACAAAGAUGCUUUAUUUUUAUGAAAUAUUCAAGACGUACAACUAAGUUUAUAUUUCAAGUCAUCACAGACUUAAGAAAUUUUCUACAGUCAUGUUACUAUCAUGCAUCAAUAAACAUGUAACAAGGGACCUAUUA